AGCAGCAGCAGGUGCUCAGCAGAAAUGGAGCCACUAGUGCAAUUCAGCCAUCACCGUUAUUAUUCUGGCAGUCGUUAGUUACUAGUCUAAUCUGCUCUCAGGCGCAUUCCCCGCCCCAUGCACAACCGCUAACUUGCACGAUCCGCGACUGUAAUUCCCUUGGUGAUCCACGCAUAGCGACAACGACGGGCUGCCUGCCGCCGCGCCGACACCAACUUGCGCGAACGGUCGAGCACCCAACCCAACGUCCGGCUGUGCUCAGAUCCCGUUCCGGACGUGUGCGAGCGGUAGUAGCACGAGCGGUAAUCGCAAGAGGUAGUUAAAAUUCUUAGCGUCAGAAACCAUGACGUCGAUGGAACGCCAAAUCAGCGUAGCAAACAACCAGAGUACCGCUUUCUCUACCAACUACCAUGCGUCGUUAGCCCAAAGAAUGGUCUCCUCUCUCCCGCCCGGCGAUGACCCCGCCGUUUUCCACACCUCCCAACUCCCCCCCACCAAGCUCCAUCCAGCCGCACUCCCCGCCCUCGAUCCGCGCCCCACUAGUAGUGCUUCCGCCAGCUCCUUCCCCCGCAGCCGCUCCUCCGCCGCCGCCACCCCCCCAGCUCAUCACCGCAUCGUCCGUACGCCCCUAAUCCUCUCUUCCCCGCCACACCCGGCGGUCGCCGCCAGCAAACCAUCGGCGCCCUCUCUGCGCGCCCGCCCGCACAGCGGACACGCCGUGUUACAGAUGCCGCGCGGAGACAGCGACGGGGGGGGCGGAAGCGGCGGUGGCGGAAGCGGCGGCGAUGCGCAAUGGCUGGCGCGGCUGCGCAAGUGGGAGGAAGAGACGUGCCGCGCUCGAGGCCGCCCCUCGCGCAGCGCGCUUGCCGCCGGAAACCUCACCGCCGCGGCAGAAACCGACGCCCCUUCCGCAGGCGCGCGGAAGUUGCGGUGGCAGCGGAGCUUUAGCGAGGGGGGGGCAGCCCCCGCCGAUGCUGCUGCUGCUGCUGCUGGUGCUGGUGCUGCUGCUGCUGCUGCUGAGACCCUCCCCGUGGGUUGCGGUAACGAGUACGAGGAGGGGAGGGCUCAUGCGGGAGAAGUCGAGCAUGAUGAGGAUGAUGAUGAUGAUGAUGAUGAUGAUGAUGAUGAUGAUGAUGAUGAUGAUGAUGAUGAUGAUGGUGCGGUGCUGAUGGGUGAGGUGGUGGAUAGUCCCACGGAGCACGCGCCAUACCCUGCUGCCGCGGGAUUCGUCGUAGCGGCGCUCGCCGCCACCGCCACGCCCGUCGGCGCCGCGGCUAUUAAUGGUAGCGGUGGUACGCUAUGGUGUGCCGUGCCGACGCUGCAGGCCGCCAUGCCACACUCCUUGAUGCAGUCGAUCCCCGCGUCGCAUGCUGGGGGGCAACAGCAGCAGCAGCAGCAGCAACAACAGCAGCAGCAGCAGCAGAUGCAGGUGCGGGUGCAAGGGCAGGGGCAGGGGCAGCAAGCAGCAGCGCGGGCGCGUCCGCGUGUGCUGCAUCGCUGUCAGUCCGUGCCUGUGGAAAUCCCGCUUCGCCCCCUCCCCCUGACUACCAGGGGCAGCAUCCCCGCCCCCGCCCCCGCUCCCGCACCUGUCCGCCCCGCCACCUCCCCCAAGCCCGCGGGAGGCGCCCCUUAUCGCCGCCCUCCGCCUGUGCUGCUCCCCUCCGCCCCUGACGACGACAUUCCCCUGGCUGCGCCCGUGCCCUCCCCCUUUGCGCCCGCCUCCGCACCCCUUGCGCGGCAACAGCACCCCAAUCCGCGACCCCAAUCCGCGGAGAGGGCAGCGCGGCGCACAGCGUCCGCGCGAGUGUGGGGCCAGGCGCCAAAAGGGCCAAGUAGCAGCAAGGAGGGCGCGGGAAUGGGCGCAAGUGCUGCUGCUGCUGCCACUCCAGUGGACCGGUCUUCCUCCACUCUGCCCAUGGGCAUUAAAGCAGCAGCAGCAGGGGGUGGUUGUGGUGGUGGUGGCACUUCCAAUGCUCACCGCGCGUCUCCCCUCUCAUCCUCCCCUCCCCAGCCUCACGCGCACAUGCUCUCGUCCGUCCACCACCAGCACGCGCACCACUCCCCUUCUCCCUCCGCCAGAGCAGCAGCCUCUGCUACUCAACCCUCACGCCCCUCGCCCACUGCUCUCAGCACUGCCACUGGCAGUGGCACUGGCACUAACCGCCGCAGAAGCGACAGCAUUGGCAGCAGCGGCAGCAGCGGCAGCAAGGCAGGUUCAUUGCACGUGGACCCGCUCGCAUCGCCGUCCGUCCCCAGCCCACGAAUGGCGCUCACGUGCUUCCCUCGCUCCUCGUCCGCCUCUGCUGGUGAACCCUCUCCCUCUGCCUCGCCUGCUGCCACUGCUGGCGGUGCUGCCACUGCUGCUGCCAACGGCAUGCGUUCCCCAAUCACCCCUGCUGCAUCAGCAUCAGCAGCAGCAGCAGUGGCAGGAGCAGCAGGGAGGACUCACUAUCGCGCCAUGUACCCACGCUCCUCCUCCACCCCUGGCACCACCCCCUCCGCCACCACCGCUGCCCCCGCUGCCACUGCUGCCGCCACUCCCACCAACCGCAGCCGACUGACCACCGUCGUCACUGCAACAUCGCCAGAGCAAAUCCGUGCUACUGGUUUUCCUGCUGCUGGUGGUGCUGCUGGUGGGACGGUUGCUGGUGGUAGUGGCAAACGUUCCGGAACUAGUGUUGGCGUGACAACUAGCAGUGUUGCAGGUUCAGGGUUGGCAACAUUGCCGCCCCAUGAGCACCGAGAGGGUGCAGGAGGAGGGAGCGGUGCAACGAGCAUGGGAUGGGCGCAGAGGAGAGGUGAUGCACUCAUGGCGCACAGCCUCAAGCGACACAGCACAGGGCAGAGUGCAGGGCAGAGUGCUGGGCAGGACGAGGAGAGGCCCAAGGCGGCUGCUGCUGCUGCAACUGCUGGUUCCUCAUUUUCUCCUGCUGCUGCUGCUGCUGCUGCUGGUGGUUCCUCUUCUGCUGCUGCUGCUAAUGUAACCCGAUCUCACGGUUUGGCUCCAGUGAGGGAUGGCAGCAAUACGUGCAGCACCAGCAGCAACGGCAAGAGCAAUGGGCACAAGGUGGGAGCGAGGAAGGAGAACACCCGGACCACUGACAGCAGCAGCAGCAGCGGCGGCGGCAAACAGGUUGGUUUCAGCAGCAAACGACCGAGCUCGAGCUCUAAAGCUAGGAUGCAACGAGAUGUGUCUUCUAGCAUUGGCAUUGGCACUGCUGCUGCUGCUGCGGCUGCAGCACCUGUACAGCGGGUGUAUGUGUAGGCUGGUGUGACUGGUGUAGGAACAAAUGCGCCACACAGCACAACGUUUGCUGCACAUUGAAGUAGUUGCUCGUUUGUUUA